AAAAAAAGCCACUUCCUAAGUAGCAGCAAGUUGUGCGCUCUUGGAAAGUUGUGCAGGCUGUGCUGACUUCAGGGAGGCAUCUCCGUCUGGUGUCGGACUCCUCAGGAAUGCAGCGGGAAGUGUGUGAAGUCUGCUUCCACUGAAGUAGGACGGAGCUUCAGCGUGAAGCCGUCGCUGCGGGUUUGUUUUUGUCUUAUAGCAUGUUCACCAGGCUGCUUGUCCAGGAGGUGCCUUCAAACUUCACACCACCGACCUUCCGGGAUUAUUAAAACACUGAGAGCUUCACAACGACUUCUUCUCCUCCUCCUUCUUCUUCUGCUGCUGCUGCUUCUUCUUCUUCAGCAUCAUGGGCUGCAACAAGGUGCUGCUGGGGGUGGUGGGGGCGGUCGUCAUCAUGUUGAUAACAAUCCCAGCAGUGUAUUUCAGCAAAUCUGAUGUUACCAAAAGGCCAUUCACCUUUGAGGAUUACUUCAAUGACACCAUUAGGUGGAGUUCCUACAAUCUGUAUUGGAUAUCAGACAAGGAGUAUCUGCAUAAAGCAAGAGAUGGGAAUGUCUUCCUUCACAAUGCCGAAACGAAAGAGGAGUCACUAUAUUUGAGCAAUUCAACCUUUGCUCAAGUGGAUGCCACAGAUUACUACUUGUCAGGCGAUUAUAAGUACAUCGCUUUCGAAAGCAAUUUCACAAAGAAGUGGAGACAUUCGUUCACAGCCUCUUACUCCAUCUACAACAGGGAGAGGUCAACGUUUGUUACGCCUGUGAGUCUUCCGACCGUCGUGCAGUACUUUGCCUGGGCUCCAACAGGAAAUAAAUAUGCUUACGUCUCGGACUUCAACAUUUUUCUCAAACCCAACAUCACUGCUGAAACGGUACAAGUGACCCACAACGGAAAAAAGAAUGAGAUCCUAAAUGGUGUCCCUGACUGGGUAUAUGAGGAGGAAGUAUUUGCAUCAAACGGUGCGAUAUGGUGGUCAUCAACCGGAAAAUACUUGGCUUAUGCAGAGUUUAAUGAUACAGGCGUUCACAAAGUGGAGUUCUCUUGGUAUGGAUCUGAGCAGUAUCCACAGACAGUGGUUCUCCCAUACCCAAAGGCUGGAACGACCCUCACCAAGGUGAAACUGUUUGUGGUCGAUACCACAAACCCAUCCCGCCGCACUCAGGUGGUUCCCCCGGCUUCUGUCGCUUCUGGUGAUCACAUUUUGUGCUCAGUGACCUGGGUCACAGACGAACGCGUCGCUGUCCAGUGGCUCACGAGAAAACAGAAUUACGUGGUUGUGCAGAUUUACGACUUCGAUGGAAGCAGCUGGAAAGAAAAACAGAAAUUUGAGCAAACGAGCAAGACGGGCUGGGUUGGCCAUUACAUGCCCUUACCUCUUUUCUUUGCCGAAGAUAAACUCAGUUUCUACAAAGUGAUGAGUGAUGCUCAGGGAUACAAACAUAUUCAUUAUGUGAAAGAUGGCAUUGCAACACCCAUUACCUCUGGGAAGUGGGAGGUCAUCUACAUAUCCAAAUUAACUAAAGAUGCCAUAUAUUAUGUGAGUAAUGAGUACCAAGGAAUACCCGUAAAGAGAAAUCUUUACAAGGUUACGAUUGGAAGCAGCCCUUCUGUCCCUCAGUGCCUCACCUGUGGCCUGGAUAAGGACAGGUGUCAGUACAACUCUGCUUACUUCAGCUUUGACGCCUCUUACUACCGAGUGGACUGCUACGGACCUGGUUUUCCCCUCUACAAACUCAUGGACAACCAGGGCCCAGGCGCAGAGCUCAGCGUUCUUGAAGACAACAAGGAAUUGCAAAAUAUUCUGUCGGAAUUCCAAAUGCCAACAAUGCAGUACGGCACACUGAAGGUUGCGGGAUUUGAUCUUUGGUAUCAGAUGAUGUUACCACCGAAUUUCAAGAAGUCGAAAAAGUAUCCUCUUCUUAUUGAUGUGUAUGGUGGCCCCUGUAGUCAGCGGGUGGACUAUCGUUUCAAGCUGAACUGGGGCACCUACCUCUCCAGCUCACACGGGAUCAUCAUCGCCAGCUUUGACGGCAGGGGAAGCGGAUACCAAGGCGAUGAAAUAUUGCAUGCGAUCUACAGGCGCCUUGGGACGUUUGAAGUGGAAGAUCAGAUAGCAGCUGUGAGGAAGUUUAUUGACAUGGGCUUCAUCGACAAAGACAGAAUAGCAAUAUGGGGCUGGUCAUAUGGCGGUUAUGUCUCCUCGAUGGCUUUGGGUGCUGGAACUGGACUCUUCAAGUGUGGAAUUGCAGUUGCCCCAGUAGCCAAGUGGGAAUAUUAUGAUGCGGUGUACACUGAACGCUACAUGGGUACACCCACAGAGAAUUCAGACUCUUACAAAAAUUCCUCAGUGACGGCCAGAGCAAAGAAUUUCAAGACAGUAGACUACCUAUUGGUUCACGGCACAGCAGAUGACAAUGUCCAUUUCCAGCAGGCAGCACAGAUCUCCAAAGCUCUCGUGGAUGAGCAAGUGGACUUUGAGGCGAUGUGGUACACUGACAAGGACCACGGCCUCAGAGGAUCGGCUUCCCGUCAUACAUACACCCUCAUGAGUCACUUCCUGCAGAAAUGCCUCCUACAUCCCAAAUAGAUGUGAAGAAUGUGACAGAAUUUAAAGUGAACGUCACCAGUUUUUUUUUUCUAAUUAGUGCAUAUUUUAUCUCGCUGAUUUUCUGGAGUGUACAUUUGUUUUCAUGUGCAAUGGAUGUUGGAUUGCUCGCACAAGUGAGCAUAUGAAUUUUAUGUGGAAUUAUGGAACUUUAUGUGACAUUAAGACUUACUAAAAGCCAUUGCAUGCAUUACGGUUGAAGACAUUUUUUUUAUGUGUAUAUGAUAACAUACAAUAGCUGCACUGCACUGAUUUAUUGAGGAGUGUUGUGAUUUGUGUUGCAGUCGUGUUCUAAUGAAAGUGAAAUAAACCCUGUUUUGAUCAGUUUCAUUAUC